UAAAAAGACUGGGCAGGACACUGCUGAAACUCACUGAGGCACAGCCCACAGAUGUGGUGAUGACUCUCCUGCGUGUGGCCCCAUCGUGUGACAGGUAUGGGGCCCACCUGCUCAGAGGGAUCAGGGCUCACCAGCCCAUAACCCUGUACUGCCUGUUCCAGGUGUCUGACCAACAGAGAGUCCCAGGGCCCUCUGGCUGCUCCCUUUCCCAGCCCUGCCAUGUCAGCCCCCGAGCCUGCUGCCAUGCUCCCUCCCUGCCCCUCAGGGCCUGUCCCCCACUGGGCUGGGCUGCCUGGUGAGGGGAAGGAAGCAGAGGGAGAGCUGGCAGCCAGCUCAGGUCCCCACUGCUGCCCAGGCCAUGGUACUGUGUCUGACACUGCCCUGAGACAGAGCUCUGACCCCACAGAGCUGCAAUGACCAUGUGGAAGACGAUCUUGUGCUCGCCCAGGACCGCGAAGCCGGCGUGGCUGAGACUCCUCGAUGUGCUGGGGAACUGGCCAGAGCACAGCACAUGCACCUCUGACGGGGACAGAACUGGUGUCUUUGCCCUGGCUGCAACUGUGGUGAUGUAGAAGAUCCUCCAGGUUCCCUGUGUCCCACAUACAGUGAUGAUGUUUUUCCCCUGCCUCUUUGUCCACCUGCUCUUGCAAGUGCUUGUCAGCACUCUAGAUACACCAGAGGAGAUCGAUAAAUUCUGGAAGGGAUGCCAGGAAGAACACGGCUUUGCUGCCAGCCCAAACAGGUUUGCAGUGGAGAUCCUGAAGUCCCUGCUCUGCCAAAUGUGGUACGACAAUGUGGUGAUGGCAAUGGAACGCAAGUGUGGCUGGGACGCGCUGCUGUCUCCUGACACCCAGCACCAUGCCACGGCUCUGCUGGCCAGGGAGAUGUCCUGUGUCUCCCUACACUUGCAUUCCUGGAUCUUUCGCCACCUUCUCCGGCUUCUCAGUACACAGGAGCCACGUUGGGAUCUGCCUGCCCUGGCAUUCCUAUUGGAGCCCAAUAGCCAGGUGCAGCAGGUGUCCAUAUUACUCUACCAAGCAUUGGUUACUCUUCCACUGGAAAAAGUAAAAAAGGCCCUGAAGACACACAUGCAGCAGAGCCUGCUCCCACUCUUCAUCCACUGCCACAAUGAGAAUGCACAUGUGGCACAGGCCUCUCAGGAAACGCUGAUUUGUGUGGCCAAGUUCCUGAAGAGAAGGACUCUUAAGCAGCUGGUGAAGAAGGAGCAGCUGUCCAAGUUUGCCGAGUGCCUGCUGGCCGAGGACAGGAGCCGAGCGGCAGAGCACCUGCACCAGGCCCUGCCAUACCUGCAGAGCCCACAGGAGCCCCUGCGAGAGGCGGCCAUCAGGUUCAUGGGAUGGCCGGGCGGUACCUGAGGGGGAAAAAGGAAAAGCUCCAGGUGCUCAAUCAGGCCCUUGAAGACAUGGAAGGCACCAGCAUUGUUGUUGGAAGCCUAAAAAUUGAAUCUUCGUUCAUCCGGAGGGCAG